GAUUGUCCAGAUCUCAAAUUUGUGCCUCAUCUGUUCAGCACUAAACCUCAACUUUUCUUCGGCUAAGAGCCCUUCAAGCUGCAGAACUGUAGAAUUUGCAAUUCUUUUAACAAAGGAUCUCAAAAGAAGUGCUUUAGAGGUUAUAUUUUCAUUUUAGAAAGCUAGUUAGGACCAUGAGUGACACUCUGAGACCCCCUUCGCUCCAGGUGAGCGUCCCAAACGAUGCUCCGGCAUACUCAGACGGCGGAAACAAUGUUGUGUCAGACGGCUCUAUGCGAUCCAGCUCCUCAACUCCGACGCUUCGCCGCAAGCGCUUCAAGAUGCGCCGCAUGAGGAACGUACCCAGCGAAAAGGAGGUCGAAAGGGGGCGACUAGCUGUUGGUCAACUCACAACUCGAUCCCACUCCGGCUCCAAGGAGUACCUCCAGCUGCCCUCCAUUGAGAUCACGCCAUCCAGCGACGAAGACGCCCCCUCUUCCUGGUCGAGAUGCUCAACACCCAGCGCCUCCCCGCGACGCAAACGUUUCCUGUUGAGGAAGUGGCUCAAGGUUCGAGAGAAGAAGGAGCAAGGCAGUGAGAGCAGCAGCCAGCAGAGCAGUCAGCAAAGCAGCCUGCAGAGCAGCCAUGAAGAUGACAGCACUCGCUUCCUGACUCCAUUGAUCCGAGAGGAGAGGUCUGACAGUGCAGCGGACAAAAUCAGCACUGCCAGUAACUCAAACAAGAGCACACCUGCCUGCUCGCCAGUCCUGCGUAAACGCUCGCGCUCUCCCACACCACAGAGCCAGGAGGGUGAGAAUAUGGUUGAGAAGGGUUCAGACCACUCCUCUGACAAAUCUCCCUCCACUCCUGAGCAGGUUGUCCAGAGAACUUACUCCCUGCAGUCAGCAAGAAGCGGGGGAAAGAACUCAAAGUCUCACAAGCGACUUUCCAAAUAUGACAGACUAAACCUGAUUAAAAAGAGCCAAAGCUGGUACAACCAUGAAAGACAACACAUCCUGAGAGUGCUGAGCCCGACGUACAAGCAACGCAAUGAGGACUUUAGGAAACUCUUCAAGCAGCUCCCUGACACAGAGAGACUCAUUGUGGACUACUCCUGUGCUCUCCAACGGGACAUCCUCCUGCAGGGACGACUCUACCUCUCCGAGAACUGGAUCUGUUUCUAUAGCAACAUCUUCCGCUGGGAAACGCUGCUGACAGUGCGGCUAAAGGACAUUUGCUCAAUGACAAAAGAGAAGACUGCACGCCUCAUUCCCAAUGCCAUCCAGGUCUGCACAGACACUGAGAAGCACUUUUUCACCUCAUUUGGAGCCAGAGAUAGGACUUACAUGAUGAUGUUCAGACUGUGGCAGAAUGCGCUGCUGGACAAGCCCCUGUGCCCCAAAGAACUGUGGCACUUUGUUCAUCAGUGCUAUGGCAACGAGCUCGGCCUAACCAGUGACGACGAGGACUAUGUUCCCCCUGAUGACGACUUCAACACCAUGGGGUUCAGUGAAGAGAUUCCCAACGAAGAGAAUGAGAUCAACAACGAUAACUUGUCAAAGAGCAGCGCCGAGGCCAAGCCCGAGGGGAGCCCUCUUCUGCUACAUAAGAAGGUUGUCGCAAACAGCGCCAUCCCCAGCCCAGGCAACCAUGACACACCCAUCACAUUUGACCUCCCAGCAGAAGAUUACACAGACUUUCUACCAGACGGCGAGCUGCUUGCUGUGCCACUGGUAGUGGAAGAUAAGAGUGAUACCAGCGGGCCUGGUGGUCCCGUCCCCUCACCCUCCCUGGACUUCAACGACAACGAAGACAUCCCCACCGAGCUCAGUGAUUCCUCCGAAACACACGACGAAGGUGAAGUUCAGGCCUUUCAUGAGGAUCUGAAUGGCAGGCAGCACAUCAACGAGGUCUACAAGUUCAGUGUGGACAAGCUCUAUGACAUCCUCUUCACAGAGUCGCAGUUCAUGAGUGACUUCAUGGAACAGAGACGGAUCUCAGAUGUGGUGUACCACCCAUGGAAGAAGGAAGAUGCAGGGAAUCAAACCAGAGAGAUCAUGUACACCAUCUCACUGUCCAACCCCCUUGCCCCCAAAACAUCCACAGCCAGUGAGACGCAGACACUGUACAAAGCCAGUCAGGAGAGCGAGUGCUACGUCAUUGACGCUGAGGUCAUCACACAUGACGUGCCCUACCACGAUUACUUCUACACUCUCAACCACUACAUGCUCACCAGGGUGGCCAAGAACAAGUGUCGGUUACGGGUAUCGACAGAGCUGCGCUACAGGAAACAGCCGUGGGGGCUGGUGAAAGGCUUCAUAGAGAGAAACUUCUGGAGCGGGAUAGAGGAGAACUUCCGCCAUCUAGAGUUGGCACUGUCCAAGCUGGAGGAGAUUUUAAACGAGUCCCACCAGCUGUCUCCGAAGGCCAAGGUGGUGAAAAACUCCACGGUGAGGCGGAAGAAGAGGCCACUCCCCCACAUGCGCAGCCAGCAUCUGGACGAGGCGCUCAGCCCCGUUACCACGCCGACGGACGAGGAAGUGAUUCAGAGGAUCAAACAAGUGGCAGGCUCCACGCAAACCAGACACCAGAGUCCAGAACAUCAUCACCUGCCUGGAGGCCUCGCUUUCUACAGCGUCUCCAAACUGCUGCUCAUCAUCAGCUUUGUGAUCUGUCUAAGCCUGGUGCUGCUGGUGUUCCUCAACAUGAUGCUCUUCUACAAGCUGUGGAUGCUGGAGUACUCUGCACAGUCCUUAACAAACUGGCAAGGCCUGCGGCUUCACGAAAGUAAACUGCCUCAGACGCAGAUGGAGUGGGCCCAGCUCCUGGAGGCGCAGCAGCGUUACCAUGACGCCGAGCUGCAGAAGUGGAGGGAGAUUAUCAAGUCGUCAGUGGUGCUGCUAGACCAGAUGAAAGACUCUUUAUUGAACCUCCAGCGAGGCAUUGGUUUAAGGGACUACAGCUCUGAGGCUGAAGAAAAGAGAAGUCGCUAUCACUGACACACCACCACAAGGCCAUGAGGGCAUGCUGUGCAAUAUAGGACCUGUUUUGUUUGUGAACCAGUAUGCAGGCAGCAGCAAGACAGACAGACAGACAGACAGAGGGGGAGGCGGGACCAACAGUGAGCUGCUCCAAUAGACACAAAGAGAGGAACAGUCAACUCCAGCGCACAAAGGUUAAAACCCCCCCUAGGAGGAGGAAAUCGUGGACAGAAAGUGCCCCUACCACACACAGGAACUGAGGUGUCCCCAACAUCACUGAGGCAUCGUGGGAAUGUGCGAGACUUGCUCCUUUUCUACACCUGUAGGACGACCAUUUCCUUCUACUCUCUCCUUUUCCAAGUGCAUCCUACUGUAAGCCAUGUCCACCAGACAGCGGCAGAGAGAAAGAAGGAAAACUACUGCAUGCGUUUUGACAACCUAGCUCCCCUCAGUCAGUGUUAAUGUGGUCCAGUUCCAGUCUAUGUGUGUCCAAAAUAAAACAAAAAAAAAAGAAGAAGAACAGAAGACGAGGAGAGAUCCAGUCAAAGAAAGGGGGCAGGAGGAAGGGGGGGGUCCUUUCGAGUCUUAAUGGCUUUCUACACUCUCUAGACUGUUCCAAACCAAUCGUCCCCUAGAGGUCCUCGCUGCAAUGUCCCUUUAGUAAACCUCCAUGUGAUCAGAGUACAGUAUUGUCCCACAACCAAAAACAAGAAAGCGCCCAUCAGUCCCCAACGCCUUGUUUGAACCUGGCCUGUAUGGACUCUGGCGGGGCUGGUUCCCUGUCAGAGUGCUGCAUUUAAAAUAUUUAUUCAGUGAAAUCUUAAGACUGCUGAGACCGAAGACAGUACUUUUAACCUUACAUACAAUUCACCUCGUCAGUUGCCCCUGCCACAGUGUUAGCUACCGUGCAUUGCAUUGUUCCUCAUCCUUCUAAUGAAGUAGAAUGUAUUGGCCUGGACAAAAAGGCCAGACUUCGAUCACAACUAUCUUUGAAAAGGGGAUGCUGCAGCCGGACUAAUAGGGAGACCUGUGUUCUUACAUGUUUUAUUACUAAACUGUGACUAUAUCUCUUUAAAAAUGUUUCAAAUUAGAAAGAAUUCUAUGAAUAUAUUUGAAAUAUAUAAGAAUAUUUCAUUAUUUAAUAUAUAUAUUUCAAAAUAUAUAAACAUUACUUAUAUUUAUUGUUAAUUUAUGUACAUAAAGAAAUUAUCAGAGCUCUAGACCAGUUAAAGAAUUUCUAACAAAAAGUGUUUUCUUCUUAAAAAAAAAAAAAUGCAUGCCAGAUAUGUCUGUGACAUGUCCAGUGUGCAAGUAUGAUUCAUUCGCGCGAUUAUGUUCGCGCAUGUGAGUGAGCGGGUGCGAGUGCGUGCGUGCGUGCGUGUGCACACGAGUGUGUGUGUGCUGUAAAGUGUGACAUUUUUACCAUUCCACACUUGUAUGUUUCUUAAUUAUAAUUUUUUUCUUUUUCUGGCUCCUGCAGCCAGACUGCCUUUUUUUUUUUUUUAAUGCUAAUGCAUUUGUAUGCCGCCUUGCAUUAGCCCCACUAAGCCUGGGUACAGUUUACAAUCGAAGAGUUUUGUUCCAAAAUGACAUAUCCAAUAUUUGAAAAACAAAAGUCAUGCCUACCUUUUUCAAAAAUGACUGAUUGCUUACACUAUCAAUUAAUGUCACACGCUAAGUAGCUUAAACUUAUGGCUGACAAAAGGGAAGAAGACAGACUUAUUAAUUAUCUAAAUUUUUGAGAUUGAAUGAUGAUGAUUUUCUCUUGUGAAUGGAUAUAUAACAUUUUGGAGAUGAACCCUUCAUCUGCCCUCUGUGAGCAACUCUUUGUCCAUGUUACCACAUCAGUGGUUCGGCGACUCUUUGCUCAAACGAACAGUUUGACAUUUUGAGAAAUAUGCUCGUUAUCGUUCUUGCCAAAAGUUGAAAUGAAAAAAUUGAUACCAAUCUCAUGUACGGUUAAUAUGAAGCUACAGCUAGCAGCUGGUUGGCUUGGCCCAGCAAGCUGUUCUCCCUUAUUUCCAGUCUUUUGUGCUGAACACACCAUCACCGGGCUCUAUUGGCCAGGUGCCAGUUAGCUGAUUUGUGUGCUAAUCCAACCAUCUCCUGGUUCUAGCCUCAUAUUAAGUGUGAAGCUAUGCAAGUGGUGUCAAUCUUCACAUCUAACAAUCGGCAGGAAAGCAAAUAAGCCUAUUCCCCAAAAUAUCAAUCUAUUCUUUUAAAAACACCUCCAACUUAUAUUAUACUCUUACCCUUCCCCCCAAUUUAAAUGUCUGUCUUGGAUGCAAUCAAAGCAUGAAAAUUAACUUUACGCAACUAAAUUGAACCAAAAGAAAGAUGUAAAAAUGUACCUUCACAAAGUAUCAUGUUGUUUUAAAUGAAGUAUUUAUCAUGUAUGUCAUGUAUUAUAUAUAUAUACUGGAGUAGGUGCGGUAAAGAGCAUCUCUUAAGAGUUUGUCAAAAGAGACCCCUGACAUCUGACAGACUUCAGCGAUGAAAGCACUUCCAAAAACAAAGAAAAACUUGCUUGUGUUAAAAAAAAAAAGAGGGAGAGGAAACGUGAAAGCACUUUAAGGCCUUUUCAGGUAAAAGAAUGAAAGAGAGAAGUGGCAGCGGUUAAGUUUGGAGGUGAAUGCAGGGCUGAGAAAAUAGUUUCUGUGCUGUAUUUUUUUUUUAUUUGACAAUCACAUGGGUGAUUUGCAACUUCCAAAACUCAUUAGAAAUAGUUGGAUUUUAAUCCUGCUGGUUUGUUAAUCCUCAGAAAAUAGUGUUACUUUUGCCCAAACAGUUCAAUAGUAGUUCUGUUGAACAUGAUUACAUGUCUUUCAUUGUGUCAUUCCAAAGUCCACAGACUGACACGUUCUUGUCUCUUUCAGGGCAGGGCAAGAAUGAGUGGAUUCGUAUGAAAGAAAAGGGAUCUUUACUGUGUGCCUGCAUGGCCUGUUACUGACUGACUUAUUGAAAACAGCAGAGAAGCUUCAGGACUGGACCCCUGCUGUGUGCAUGAGUAUAUUACAUUUGACGAAGGCACUGAGUAAUGAUAGGACAGGGAAAACCUUUAAGACCUGAAUGUGAGUGGUUGGAAAUGUUUUCUGUUUUAUAGAAAUCAUGACAAUGCUGAAAGAUUACGGUGAAGUUACGCUUCGUGUAUAUGAUGGUACAGAAAUGUCAUAUACAUGAAAACAGUGAUUGAAAUGCUUUAAGGAGUUUGUUUUUCAAAGUGUAUGAUGAAAUGGAGUUUUCUUUUUCAGAUGCUUGAAUUAUAUUUCUUUCUCUCUUUUUUUUAACGACAAACCUUCUCAUACUGUUUUGGCAUGAUAAAUGCUUGAUUAACCAGCUCUGUUUUUUAUUGCCACCUGAUUUUAAAUCUUGAGACACUGACAUUUUAUUUCAUUUUAUUAUCAAGGCUGGAUGUGAAAUCAUUCACACUGACAUACAAGACAUAUUUUAUGACUGAACUGCUAUAAAAUACAUCCUGCUCACUCCAAAUGAAAUAUUCACUCUGGCCUCCGAUGAACUGUCACAGCAGACCUGACUCUAAUUUAAUCUCCGCAAUUAUGCAAAUGAAAGUGUUACCUUCAUCAUUUUCCUUGUUUCUCAUUGGUACCAACAAAUUUGACUCAAAACAAAUCUAAGCUGCAACCUCUCACUGUUUUUUGUUUUGUUUUUUGCUUCAUUUUUCAGUCUUUCUUUCCCAGUGUGCACUCAGUUAUCUGUGUUACACAAAUGAUUGUAUGAUUGCUAUCGCUGCACAGCUGCGAGAACCAAGGUGACCCGAGAGUUCUGGAUGCCACCGUUUUGUCACUGACAACUAAUGAAUCGCGCGCUUCAUUGACUGUAUUAAUUGGCAUUUUCCUUGCUGUCACAGAGCCGGCGAGACAUUAGUGCCACCCACACAACACAGCACUAACUAACAGCCUUGGUUAACAUACGGUAGGAAUCACAUACACACACACACACACACAACCUCCUGAAAAACGACCACUGAUCAAACUCAUAGCAAAUGCUCUUCUUCGAGUAUGUCUUGAUAAAACAUGUACUGGUGUAGUUCUGUUCGAAAAGAGUUUUACUGUAUGUUUUUCUUUUCUUUUUUCU